AUGGCCACAGACAAGACUGAACCUAUCGCCAUCCUGGGAGCCGGCGCCUGGGGGUUGUCAACAGCAUUCCACCUGCUCGAGGCUGGAUACAAAAACAUCACUGUAUUCGACCGGGCAUCAGAGAUCCCGUCCCGCUAUUCCGCGGCUUAUGAUUUGAACAAGAUUGUUCGAGCCGAGUACGAAGAUGACUUCUACACCGAUUUGGCGCUUAAAGCAAUCAACCGCUGGAAAACGCCACUCUGGGGGCGCAAUUUCCAUCAAGUCGGCUACGUGCUCGCCACGUCAAGUGAAGCACCCGCAAAAGCAGUAAAGCAUCUGCAAACAGCGCUGUUGUCAGUGAAGGACCAUCCUGUCUUUGCCGCUGGGAUUACGCCACUGGAAACCCCACAAGCAUUCAAGGACAUAUAUUGGCAGUUCAGCGGCCCAUUGAGCGGCUUCCGAGGAUACCACAACAGACUCGCAGGCUAUGCGCAUUCAUCUAACGCAAUGGCUGAUAUCCACCAACAACUGGUCGGCAAAGGCGUUAAAUUCGUCCUAGGUCCCGAGGACGGCAAGGCUGUGAAACUUCUUUACAGCGACCAUGACCAACGCUCCUUGGAGCGGCGAUGCACAGGGUUCCAGGUCGCAAGUGGACAACACCACUACGCCCGUCGCACCAUCGUCUGCCUGGGGGCUUGGGCGGCAACGCUCAUUCCGGAUAUUGGGGCUUACGUCGUUGCAAAGUCCUGGUCGGUAGCUCAUGUUCAACUUACCGAGCGGGAAAGCGACUAUCUUCGGGGCAUCCCUGUUCUCAAUGUCCGAGAUUUGGGCUUCUUCUUCGAACCUGAUCCGGCGAGCCGGCUCCUGAAGCUGUGUCCGUUAGGUGCCGGGUACGUGAAUACGGACAAAAGCACGCGGAUUUCAAUACCUCCGGGGGGAUCGGUCACAGCCCCGAGAGACUACAUCCCCGCGAGUGAUGAGAAGAAGCUGCGGCAACUGCUAAGGGAAACCCUACCAUGGUUAGAGGAUCGUCCUUUCGUGGACCAGAGGAUGUGCUGGUUUGCUGAUACGGCCGAUUCGGAUUACACGGUCGAUUUCGUCCCCAAUACAGGAGACUCAUUAGUGGUAAUGUCCGGGGACUCUGGGCACGGGUUUAAGAUGAUGCCCAUCGUUGGCGAAUGGGUGGUGAGGCUGUUGGGAGACGGAAGACAAGUCCAGUCUCGGUGGCAGUGGAAGUGGAUUCCGGAGGGAAAGGGAAGCAAGGACUGGGGCGAUGACGUGAGCUGGAGGAUUGGUACCACAAGGGAGAUCAGGGAUGUUAUCGACGAGCGGGAUAGAGCUGUGAGAGCGCGGUUGUGA